AGAAAAAGGCAAAAGCAAAAGGCCACAGGAAAUAUACCAUAAGAUAGAUGGAGGGAAGUGGGGAUGCUGAAUGCUCCAAGACAUGCCCUUCUUCUGGGGAAACUGAGGCUGAUGAGGACGAGAACGAGGAUGAAGGGAAGAUUGAUGAUGAUCAUAAGCAGAAAGAUGGAGGAACCUCAAGCAACAGCAGUACUGUUGAAGAGAAUGAGAUCAACAAGCCCCCUGUAAGGCCUUAUGUCCGAUCCAAGAUGCCUAGACUCCGUUGGACACCUGAUCUUCAUCUUCGCUUCCUUCAUGCAGUUGAGAGACUUGGUGGACAAGAAAGGGCAACACCAAAGUCAGUUCUUCAAUUGAUGAACACAAAAGGGCUAAACAUUACUCAUGUGAAGAGUCAUUUGCAGAUGUAUAGGAGCAAGAAGAUUGAUGACCCCAGUCAAGGGAUAACAGAUCAUAGGCAGGUUUUUGAAGGUGUGGAUCCAAAUAUUUUCAACCUGAGCCAAAUUCCCAUGUUUCCAGGCUUUCAUCAUAACCACAAGUCCACCUUCAGAUAUGGAGAAGCAACUUGGGAUCGUCUUGCGACUUUAAUGCAAAUCUCUACAAUGAGACAGAACAUGAUUAACAAGAUUAGGCCAGGAUUUUAUGAUAUAUGGACCGGAAGGAACAUUGGCUCAAGGAGCAGUGAAGUUUAUUCCAGGAUCCUGAACUCAAAUCAGCUAUCAUCUUGGCACACUGAUGAAUUACAAUCCACAAUGCAAUCAUUUCAUGACCAGCAAGAAUACCAGCAAGAUCGGUUAAAAUCCUCAAAGCAGGUGCAAUCGAAAACUGUGUACUUCAGUUCAGGCAGAAGUAAAAUUCUGGGCGUGGAGGAAGGUAUGAUUCUCGAAAAGCGAGCAGGAGUGAAGAGGAAGGCAUCGAAUUGCAAUGUCCACUUGAAUCUAUCCCUUGGCUUAGGGCCAGUUAGGGAUGGCUACCAUGAAGGUUUGGAGGAUGAUGAUGGCCAUUUAUCAUUGUCGCUGUGCUCACCAUCUUCCUCCAAGAUUAGAAGGUUGAUAGAUGAUACUAGUACUGAGAAUGCAUGCGGGGCAAGUACUCUGGAUCUGACUCUAUGAAUGACACAUUCUAAGUGAGAUCUUGAGGUACUUGCUUCUCUCAUUAUAUUGUACCAUGUUAUAUAAGGUAAUAGCACAACUACUUGUGUUUCUUUGUUCGUGGAGGAUCAGAGGCCUCACAGGUUGAAAUCUGUUUAGU